ACGGCGAGAGUUACCAGAAUGGUCGAGGUCGACGACGACUACCAGCGGGCCCUCCGACGCGUGCGGCUGCGCAGUGCGUACCACCGAACGGGAUGGUGUUCCAUGCCCAACAUCGUGGUUAACAGCCGCCGCGUUCUCGUGACGCCGACGAGCACUGGCGGCAUGGCACCAGGCGUUGUCCAGGCCCGGAACGUCCAGGUCGACGCGACAUGGGAGGCCAACCUCGAGCGCGCUGUGGCUCCUCUCGUGGCGCACGCCAGUGGCGGCUUUCGUAUCUCGCUCGCUCAUCUCGUCAUCACAGCGCCGCAUGCGCCGCUACUCACGAAGAAGCUCGCGGGCCGCGCCGGCAGCUUUGGCACGCUCGUGGUGCUUCUCGCCAGUACCGAGCCUGCGACACAGCGAUGGACAGUCCACUCGCUCGGUAAGACGCUGCAGUGGGCUGCGCGCCCUUUGCAGUGGUGCGCGUUCUACGGCCUUGUCAAGCCGGGCGCACCGAGUCUUGGACGCUGCGUCUCAUUGAUUUAUUACCUCAUGGCGCCGCUGCCCCGACCGGCGCCCAUCGAUAACAAGGACGCCAUCAAAAUGUUCAAGGCGCUUGCGCAGGGCCACGUCGAUGACGAUCCAUGCAUUAUGUACGUGCGUGCAGGCGCGGGCUUCUCGGUCGAGGACAACGAGCUUAUCGAGGUGCUUUUGGCCACCCAUCAAUUUGACGUUGCGCACGCCACCGGCUUUGGUACCCCGGGCGGCUUCACGCUGACGCGCGUCACUUGUCAUGGGCGACUGAUUCUGCCGCGAAUUCUGCUCGACUGCCUUGAGGGCCGCAUCGUGUGCCUCUGGUUCGGAUCCGAGACCUCCCAGCCGUCACCAACCUCUAUCAUCGUGUGGCCGCGCAAGGCGCGCCUGCGUCUUUUGAGCAUCAACAGCGUGCUGGACGCUAUGACGACCAAAUGCGGCCAGCGCCAGUUGCAAGCGUGCGCCACGGGCAAAUUUACCGGAGAAGUCGACGUAUCACGUCUCGUCGACAGAAUCAUGCACUGCAUCCACGUCACGCCGAUGGUGCACUCGUCGCUCGCGCGCAUUUUGGUGGCCAACCCGCACGAGACGACCUUGUGCGCUUUUCUCGCCCAGCAUUUUGUGCCCCAGAAGGACGCGGGCCGCAUCGUGACGAAGAUGCUGCGCGUGUACGAUGUCUACGGCUGGCUCACGCUUGGCACGUCCAUUUUGGCGAUGGUGCAGCGCUGCCAUGCGCAGCUCGAGCACGUGGUCGCGAUGCUGCAUGACCUCUCGUGUCUCUCGGUGCGCCAUCUCUUUGGCCACGCCGAGUACUUGAAGGCAGCCGCUGAAAGGUGGCCCGGCCAUGUGAGCACCUUGUAUUGA